AACUACUGCAAAAAAAAAAAAAUCUGUACCAUGGGAACUUAAUCUGGAUGCUGAUCGGUCUUUUUAUAUUCAGCUGUGGUUGAUGUGAAUACUGCCCCCUUGUGAUAGUAACAGCAAACCAUCCCAUGACAAUGGAUUGUGUAGAGAAGAACGUUAAGAAAAGAAAAUAUAGUGAGGAUUUUUUACAGUAUGGUUUUACCUCAAUAAUUACAGCAGGAAUUGAGAAACCGCAAUGUGUUAUUUGUUGUGAAGUUCUAUCAGCCGAAUCUAUGAAGCCGAACAAACUAAAACGCCAUUUUGAUAGCACGCAUCCGAGCUUUGCCGGCAAGGAUACCAACUAUUUUAGAAGCAAAGCUGAUGGACUCAAGAAAACCAGACUUGACACUGGUGGCAAGUACCACAAACAAAACGUAGCAGCCGUUGAAGCUUCAUAUUUGGUGGCACUCAGAAUCUCCAGAGCUAUGAAACCUCACACCAUUGCUGAGGAUUUACUGUUGCCAGCGGCUAAAGACAUUGUUCGAGUUAUGAUCAGAGACGAAUUUGUUACGAAAUUGAGUUCAGUUUCCUUAUCUAACGACACUGUCCACAGAAGAAUAGAUGACAUGUCUGCUGAUAUUCUUGAUCAGGUAAUCAAGGAAAUUAAAUCUGCUCCACUUCAAAUAUUUAGUAUCCAGCUUGAUGAAUCUACAGACGUUGCAAAGUGUUCACAGUUACUGGUUUAUGUAAGGUAUAUUAAUGAUGGCAACUUUAAAGAUGAGUUUCUUUUUUGCAAACCUCUUGAAACGACAACUACUGCACGUGAUGUAUUUGACACAGUUGGUUCAUUUCUGAAAGAGCAUGACAUCUCUUGGGAAAAGGUUUGUGGUGUUUGCACAGAUGGUGCUCCAGCUCUGCUAGGAUGUCGAUCUGGAUUUCAACGUUUGGUACGGAAUGAGUCACCAAAAGUCAUCGGAACGCACCGUAUGAUUCAUCGGCAAAUAUAAGCAACGAAGACGUUACCACAAGAGUUACAAGAAGUAAUGAAAAGCAUCAUAAGUUCUGUCAAUUUUGUAAAGGUGAGCACUUUAAACAGUCGACUGUUUUCGCAACUGUGCAACGAGUUGGAUGCGCCAAACAAUGUUCUGCUAUUUCACACUGAAGUGAGGUGGUUGUCGAGAGGAAAAGUUUUAAAACGUGUUUUUGAGCUUCGUGAUGAACUCAAAACAUUUUUUAAUCAGAAAGCAAGACUGCAGUUCAAAGCACUUUUCAGCGAUAAACGUGAACUACAGAAAAUAGCGUACUUGGUUGACAUCUUUGCCAUCUUGAAUGAGUUAAAUUUAUCACUGCAAGGACCAAAUGCAACAUGCCUCGAUUUGUCUGAAAAGAUCCGAUCAUUCCAAAUGAAACUUCAGCUUUGGCAAAAAAAAUUGGAUGAAAAUAAAAUUUACAUGUUGCCUACCUUAUCUGCUUUCUUUGAGGAACAUGACAUUGAACCAGACAAAAGGAUUACGAUGAUAAUUUCUGUGAAAGAACUUGCAGAUGAAAUUUCAUCGUACUUUCAAAAUCUACCUGACACCCCAUUUGCACUUACCAGAAACCCAUUCACAGUCAAAGUUGAAGAUGUUCCUGAGACAGCACAAGAGGAGUUCAUUGAACUUAUUAACAGCGAUGCAGCAAGAACUGAUUUCUCUACAAUGCCAGUUACAAAAUUCUGGAUCAAGUGUUUGCAGUCAUAUCCUGUUCUGUCUGAGACUGUGUUGCGCCUUCUUCUUCCAUUUCCAACAACAUAUCUUUGUGAAACAGGGUUUUCCAGCUUGUUGGUUAUCAAGUCUAAAUACAGAAGUAGACUUCUUGUGGAAGAUGAUCUUCGUUGUGCUCUUGCAAAGACUGCCCCGAGAAUUUCUGAUUUGGUGAGAAAAAUGUAAUCUCAACCUUUACACUGACGUUGGCUUUUUACGCAUACUGUCGCAAAAUGUAGCAAUGUAGUUUACUGUUGUUAUAUUAAGAGUGUUACCCAUGCUACACCAUGCUUCAAGACAAAAUUUCAUUUAUUUGUAAUUAGAAAUAAAUAUUUCACAA